AUGACCGCGGCGGCGGAGCGCCGAAAGCUCAGCGGCUACCUACGUGCCGUGGUGUCCAUCCCCGGCGGGGACGUCGCGGCGGCGGCGUCGAUCCCGCCGCUGUCCCCGUGCACUCUCUCCGCGUGCGGGGCCGUGGCCCUAGCGCCGCUCCCCGACGACGUGGGGACCCAGCCGCGGCGGCCCAGGUGGCGCGCGCCCGGCGUCGUGCGCCUGCUCAGGACGCUCGUGGCGAACCGCUGCGUGGAGGUGGAGGGCACGCUGCUGCGGGUCGUGACCAGGAGGGCCGGGGAAGGGAAAGGGGACGGCGCCGAGGUGGAGGCCAGGGCCGUCCUGCUGAUCGACGUCUACUUGCCCGUCGCCGCGUGGUCCGGGUGGCAGUUCCCGCGCUCGCGCUCCGCUGCCGCCGCCGUCUUCAAGCAUGUCAGUUGCAACUGGGAUGCUAGGAAACGUUUGCUUGAUUUUGACUGGACUUCUCAUGACAAUACACACUGUGAUGACCGAUCCAUUUGGAGCUGCACCGAUUGUCACGUGCUUGGUUGCGAGGACCAUAAGAUAGCAUCAAUAUCAAAUAAAGAGAAGUCAUUUGACCUGCAUGAAAUCUUCAAGACGCUCCCUGGUGUUAGGAUGGAGAAGAACAUGCAGGUAGCAAGAAUAAUACCAGAUGCAGGAGCACUGGAACUGGGUAUUUGGUCUGUCCCUGACGAUGUAUUGCAUAAAGUACUAAUUCUACUUAAACCCAGAGAUUUGAUAAGAGUGGCAGCAACCUGUCAUCAUCUUAGGACUCUUGCUGCCUCUGUUAUGCCUUGCAUGAAGCUUAAGCUCUUCCCCCAUCAAGAGGCUGCUGUCGAAUGGAUGUUGAAGAGAGAGCAGAACGUGCAUGUCCUAGCACAUCCUUUGUACAAGGAAUUCUGCACUGAGGAUGGUUUCCCAUUCUACAUAAAUGUUAUCUCUGCUGAAAUAUCUACCGGUGAUGCUCCAACCAUAAAUGAUUUCUGUGGAGGUAUGUUUUGUGAUGAACCUGGGUUAGGGAAGACAGUAACCACACUCUCUCUGAUUCUGAAAACCCAAGGAACAAUGGCGUACCCUCCACAAGGGGUGGAUGUGAGUUGGUGCAUGCAUAAGCCAGAUAAAAAAUGUGGUUACUAUGAAUUAAGUGCCAGCUGCUCUUCUAAUAGAAACAGCCCUUCGUCUGUGUCAAAAAAGCUUUUGGGGGAGGAUGUGAUAACAGAUUAUCAAAGUCCAGAUGAUUCUGUCUGCAGUACCAGAUCUUCAAGAAAGAGAGGUAGGUUACUGAGCCCUGAUCCAACUAAGGUAAUGUUGCAUGCUGCGAUCGAUAAUUCCCCAUCGUCAUCACACAGCAAAGUGCAUUCAAUGCCAGCCACGCAUACACUGAAGUUCACUAAAAACACGAGACAAGUUAGGAAAAACCUCAUGGAUGCAUACAGCGACGUUUCAGUUGGCAAUAAAAGGAAGAUUGGCACCAGCUCUGAGCUAAGUGAGACCUGGGUUCAGUGUGAUGCUUGCAGAAAGUGGCGAAGGUUAUCCGAUGGAACAAGUCUUGAUUCUACCACAGUGUGGUUUUGCACUAUGAACACUGAUCCUACACGACAGAAAUGCACUGCCCCGGAGGAAUCCUGGGAUUUUAAGAGAAAGAUAACCUAUUUGCCAGGAUUUUACAAGAAAAAUUCUUUGCCUGGAAAUGAAGAAAACGUGACAUUUUUCACAAACAUAUUGAAAGAUAAUGUUACUAUGAUCAAUUCAGAAACCAAGAAGGCUUUGUUAUGGUUAGCAAAACUUUCUCCCACAAAACUUCUUGAGAUGGAAUUUGUUGGUUUGACUCGACCAGUUCUAGAUACACGUGCAACUACUGGCAAGGGUGCUCGUCCAUAUUACAAGAUAUUCCAAGCAUUUGGCCUUGUGAGAAAGAUUGAGAAAGGUGUGACUCGCUGGUACUAUCCCUCUAUGCUUGAUGAUUUAUCUUUUGAUUCGGCGGCACUUGGAGCUGCUCUUGAAAAACCUCUGGAUUCAACUAGAUUUUAUUUAUCUACAGCCACAUUGAUAGUGCCAUCUGCUCACAACCUUGCUUGGGACUAUGACAUUGUCAUAACCACAUUCAGCAGACUAAGUGCAGAAUGGGGUCCAAAGAAGAGAAGCCCACUAAAGCAGAUCCAUUGGUUCAGGGUUAUACUGGAUGAAGGGCACACACUAGGUUCCAGCCUUGCCCUGACAAACAAGUUACAGAUGGCUGUCGCUUUGGUUGCAUCAAAUAGGUGGAUAUUAACUGGUACACCUACACCAAAUACACCAACUAGUCAGGUUGCUCAUCUUCACCCCAUGCUUAAGUUUCUUCAUGAUGAAACUUAUGGUGAGAACUACCAGUCAUGGGACUCAGGGAUCCAUAGGCCUUUUGAGGCACAAAUGGAAGAGGGACGUGUUCGUCUUGUGCAGCUGCUUCAGAGGACUAUGAUUAGUGCAAGAAAAGCAGACCUGAAAAAUAUUCCUCCUUGCAUAAAGAAGAUAACCUACCUAGACUUCAAUGAGGGGCAUGCAAAAAGUUACAAUGAACUGGUAGUUACUAUACGCCGAAAUAUACUGAUGGCUGAUUGGAAUGACCCUUCUCAUGUAGAAUCCCUUCUUAACCCCAAGCAGUGGAAAUUCCGUGCUACUACUUUGAAGAAUGUCCGUUUAUCUUGCUGUGUUGCCGGGCACAUCAAAGUAGCCGAGGCAGGUCAGGAUAUACAGGAAACAAUGGAUGAAUUGGUGCAGCAUGGCCUUGAUCCUUCUUCAGAUGAAUAUCAGUUGAUAAGAUAUUCUCUUUUAAACGGUGCCAGUUGUGUCAGGUGUAGAGUUUGGUGUCGCUUGCCUGUUAUCACACCCUGUCGACAUCUUUUGUGCCUUGACUGUGUAGCUCUUGAUAGUGAAAAAUGCACAUUACCUGGUUGUGGUAAUCAUUAUGAGAUGCAGUCUCCUGAGACUCGUGCAAGGCCAGAAAAUCCAAACCCAAAGUGGCCAGUGCCUAAGGAUCUAAUCGAGUUGCAGCCUUCAUAUAAGCAGGAUGAUUGGGAUCCCGAUUGGCAAUCAACAUCUAGCAGCAAAGUUGCUUAUUUGAUUGAGAAGCUAAGAAGUCUGCGAGAAACUGGGAAUAACAUAACCAAUAGUGUUGGUCAUGCUAAUACACCAUCUUAUCAACCACAGGCAAUGUUUGACAAAGUUAUAAUUUUUUCUCAGUUUCUAGAGCAUAUUCACGUGAUUGAACAGCAGCUGACUAUUGCUGGAAUAAUAUAUGUGGGAAUGUAUAGUCCGAUGCCUCUAGCUAGUAAGAGAAGUGCACUAAUGAAGUUCCAGGAGGACCCAACGUGUAUGGCUUUAGUCAUGGAUGGAACUGCUGCACUGGGGCUUGAUUUGAGUUUUGUGACUCAUGUUUUCUCAUGGAACCAAUAUGGGAUAGGAGUAUGGAGGAACAGGUUAUUAGUCGGGCACAUCGAAUGGGGGCUACGCGUCCAAUACAUGUGGAAACUUUGGCUAUGCGUGGUACUGUUGAAGAGCAAAUGCUUAAGCUUCUGCAGGAUUCUAGCGCCUGCAGAAAAUAGUGAAUAA